GCUCGCAUUGAACACGCUUUUCGACUCUCAAACCAGUGUAAGACACCCGCGAGCCCAGUCCGCGUUGGCCAAUAUAGUGAAUACCAAAGGAGAAGAAGAAGCUUUUAAAAAUGAACUCCUUGUCAGCAAACAUGGACUGGGUGAAGAGGAAUUUGAAGCGACCGUUGAUGCCUUUGAAGCUGAAAUUGUACGAGAGCACAAUAUUGAGGAAGCACCCAAGUUUUGAGGAUGGAGAUGCAAAUUCACUCUCCAAAAUCACCUCGGCAGAGGUUCGGCAAAGCGAUGGCGAAUUCUUUGAAAAGUUUGGCAGCGCUUUGCGCGACCGAGCAUCGCAGGCCUCAGAACAUAUUGAGUGCGUCCGCGUGCCCUCAGUGGCCGCCGUGUGCGGCCAGGAGGAACAAGUUCAUGAGGCCGCUGCUGAAGACUCUGAGGAGGAGCACAUUAUAGAGGAGGAUGAGAUAUUCAGUGAUGUUAUUGGAAGCAACGUGGAACAACUUUACGCCGAGGUGCUUUACGAAACAGUGCAUGGACUUGGACUUGGUGCCACAGAAAAUCAAGACGAAGUUUUGGAGUUCUUGAAGACGGCUUUUAAAUUUGAUGAGGAAAAACAUGGAUUGUUGUUAGAGGAAGCCAGAGCAAAAGAGGCGCCAGACAUUUUACUCAACGUGGAGGUUAUAGAGGCGCAAGAACUCAGGGCCAAGGACUGCAAUGGCCUCAGCGACCCCUUCUGCACUCUGUAUAUUUCAAAUCAACCGACGCAGCGGUACAACACCUCCGUCAAAUCGCAAACACUGAAACCAACAUGGGAGGAGCACUUUUCACUGCCUGUUGAUGAUCCUAACAAUGAUGUCCUCGUAAUUGAAGUUUGGGAUUUUGAUCCAGCUGAAACUGUUAGAGAAAAACUUGGCAAAAUUAGUGACGUGAAAGGCGUCAAAGGUUUAAAGAAGCUUAUAAAGGAAGUUGCAAUCACAGCCUCAACUGGAAAACAUGAUAAUGAGCUUGUUGGAAUUGUCGAAAUUCCCCUAAAAGAAAUUCAUGCUAGCGGAAUGAAAGCGUGGCGAUACUUGAACAAAAAGGGCAAGUCGAAGCACCAGGGCCAAGUGCACGUCGGGCUUUCGCUGGGUGCGCUGAAAAAUGUUCAAGUCGCCACCCAGGAACACAGGCAGCUGUUGAAAAUCCUGCUCAAACACGACAUUGAAGUCACCAAGCCCCUUCCCUACAAAUGGAGCGGCCAGUUUCUCGAUCUAGCCGCCAGCAUCCUGAACCAGCACAGAGUCCACACUGGCAUCGAUGAAAAUCAUGUGCAGCUGGCACGGUGGGCUGAAUUUUGCUCUCACCACACCGAGCACGCUUUGAACUUCCAGCUUUUGGGGCGAACGCUUGAAAAGCUCUGUAGGCCUAUCAGGGAUGGAGCUCUGAAUGACGAAGAAGCUAAAGUAUUUUGGGAAGCUGCUAAAAAGUUGAUGCCUGCCUGCUUGACGUGCAUCAGGAAAUUGAGAAGGUUGAUGCCUGAAGACAAGGCCACGCUAACCCAGCUGGAGGCGCUUUUGAGCGUUUUGUCCCAAUUAACAACCUUGACACCACCGGCUGGAUUUGAAUUGUUCCCGUCCACACUCUAUGCCUGGCUGAGCCCUUCAGACGGACCCAAUUGUGACAUUAGAAAGAGUAUUCAAGACGCAGUCAGACAAGGAGCAAAAGAAUGGUAUGGACACAUUGUGGAAACAAACAACGAUGAGGAUAAAAAAUCUGAUGACCAAGAUAUUCAACUCUCGUAUUACAUCAAAAUUCUCACAUGUCUUUACUCUGAUAUUCUGCGGGCCAUCGAGCACCAUGAUAAAAUUUACUCGGAUGUGGUCCAGUUUGAGUACUCGAGGACAGUUUAUGAGAUCUAUGAUGACCGUGUGUACGAACUUGUGCAGCCGGUUGUGCAAGAUACAUGCAUGAGUUUGAAGCCUCUGAAGUUCAAUGAAGACCCUGCACAAGGAAUCUACGACAAUGACUCCAUUACCAUGGGCACUUCGCUCUUUGAAUUAUACAUUGGUCUGCAAAGAUUUGUAGUGUUGGGGCAAGGCCUAUAUCCGAACAAGGAGUUUAAAUGUACCAAAUUUCACACUUGGUUCCACAAAGGAGUGGCGCAGUGGCUGGACAUCGCUUUGUACAAGGCACUGAAAAGAAUUGAAAAGGCCGUUGAGCUUGGCAAUUUGCAGCCUCUUGAUUCAAACGUCAAGUUCAGCUCUUCAGCAGUUGACACUCUAUCAAUUUAUUACCAAAUCAAAGUAUUUUGGAAGCAGCUAAAUUGGCCCGAUGUUGAAAGUUCCUACACUUUUGUGACUAAGAUAAUUGAUGAUAUUUGCCGUUGCUCUGUUUUCUACGCUGAUAAAAUGAGUCACCGAGUGAGCGGGCUUGGAGAAUCAGAAAACGCAUUUAGCAAGAAAUUUGAGGUCACGACAGAGUGGUGCACAGCAAUAAACAACAUUGAAUACAUUCGUCAGGCAAUACAACCUUUUGUUUUGGAGCUUGGACUUGAGAAAAUUUUAGACUCCAUGGCUGAAUUCCACUCAGAAGCAGAAGCAAAUCAAUGCAGGAAAACUCUUCAGCUGGUCAUCGACAACACAGUUGAUACUGUCAGCAAUAAAAUUGUCGAGCUCAUAGAAAUCAUGGCUGAAAAGAUGAGUCCCUCACUUCACAAGUUUUUGGUGGAAGGGGCUGAACUGUUGCACCAAAACAGCAUGAGCCUCGACAGGCUAAUUGACUACCUCGAGAAAAACUUUUCCACCCUUCACAGCCAGCUGAGUGAGGAAAAUUUCAAAAGGACUUUAGCUGUUGUUUGGGACAAUCUGACCAAGCAACUUCAGGAGCAAAUUGACAACAGUAUUGAGAAAAGGCGACCUCCCUCAUUUUUUGCCAACUUGUCUGAAGCACUGACAAUUCUGGAAGGAUUUUUCAAAUACGAUGAGACUGAAAUUGCAUCCUUGUGCGAAAAUUCUGAUCUUCUGGCAACUACGAAGGCGCGCCUCAAAAUGCACAGCCUUGAGACAUCUGAUCUAAUUCACUGCUAUCAUGUCAACAGGUAUGAAGAGCAGAAGUUGCUGACACACACUCCGUCCCAGAACUCUGAGCAAUGCUGUGGCCUUCUCACAAUCAAAUGCAUGUUUCAAGAUCAAUUUCUCAAAAUUGAAAUCCUCAAUGGCAGAAAUUUGAGACCCACCGAUUCUAAUGGUUAUUGUGAUUCCUAUGUGAAAGUGCACCUACUUCCCGAGGAAAAGUUUGCUGGUAUUGUUAAACCUAAAACUAAAGUGCACAAGAAAAAUUUAUUCCCACUCUACGAUGAGACUUUCUCAGUCCCCAUGUCUGAGCACGCACAGCGAACUGAAGACGCUCUCAUUCAUUUUGUGGUCAAAGACUACGAAAUGCUGAGCAGCAAUGAACUGGUAGGAGAAGCAUUCUUUCCCUUUUCCGAGGUGCGGUUCGACUCAGAUUUCCAAAAUGUUGCCCAGUUCCACUUACCUCUAACAAGGCCUUCUGCAGCUCUUGAGAACGAGGCUUUCAUAGCUUUGGACCACAGGCAAGGAGAUAAGAUGGCAAAGGAUUUUGUCAAGAAAGAGCGAGCUAGGGACUCUCGCUAAAGCUGCCAAUUGCACAUAAGCGUCAAAUUUUUCCCCAAAUUGUGAUUUUUACCAAUUAGGUUAGCUUUGUAAUUUGAUAAUUUGCCCAAAAUCCAAUGUAAAAGUUAAUUAAUAAUUCUCUUGUAAAAAGCUGAGAACAAAAUUCCUAUUUUGAAAAGCUAUUGUGUCUCAUCCAUAGAAGAAUAAAAAUUAUUCACUGUUGUGAGAGUCUGCUAGAAUA